UGGAAUUAAUCUUCUGUACAUUUUUAAUAAUUUUAUUUAAUUUUAUUUUAUUAUAAUUUAUUUAAUUUAUUUGUGUACCAGACAUGAUUAUUUUUUUUUUAAUUUUAUAUAUAUAAUUUAAUUACGUAUUGUUAAAAUAUUGAUGUAAUUUUAUAUGUAAAAUACGAUUUAAAUUUGGGAAUGGAGUGUUUGAGGCCGUUGAGGAACUCGGAGUUGAUGUAUAUUUUCAAGUCAUUGACGCCGGGGAAUCUCAUCACCGCUGAGGAUUUAUCCAAACUCUUCAAAAAUUUAUAUAAUCUCCAGUACUCAACACAGGAACUUCAGUUCACCCUCACACACCUACACAACAUAGCCAACUAUAACACAGUAAACUCUGUAAACAAUGUAAACACUGUAAACAAUGUGAAUAAUGUGGCUGGAAUAGAUUUUAUGACGUUUGUGGAUGGAGUGAAUGGGUUAAUAAAGUCGAGUCCUGUGGAGUUGAUAUUGAGGGACGUGUUUGAGAACAUAUCAAGGGAUAAGUCAAGUGUUACGGUUGAGGAUUUAUUGGAGUUUGCAGAGAAAUCAGGGAUUAAACUCUCUGAAGACUCGAAACUCAGACUAAACUCAAGAUUACCUCAAGGGAAAGCCAAUUUCCAACAAUUCAUACAAUGCAUUCAGUCAUCCUAAUACUAAUUUUGUAACAUACUGUACACAGUAGUUUAGUAGUAGUAAAGUAGUUGGGAUAGUGGAGUGGAAUAUACAUAUCUAGGGUGAACUCCAAAGUCAAGCGAG